AUGAAAACUGAACUAAAAGAAGAUCGUUUUGUCGAGAGUAAGAUGACAAAAUCCUCAAAGUAUGAAGAAGACGACGGUGAUUCUUGUUAUUCUGCAGCAUUGCCCUCAGAGGACGACUACUCGUCAGCCAGCUCUGGCUAUGUCUCGUUGAAUCGAGACAGUCCUUACAAGCAUGAUCCGGAUGCUUUCAAACUCGGCUCUUCUGAUACUCCCUUGACAUCAACCACAUCGUCUGUUUCUGAUAUCGAAUCUUUCCUUCCAGCGCCUCCACUAUCACAGGAAGAUGACGACAAUGACAGCACUGCAGCCAAAAGGAGCAAGAAAACGAAGACGAAAGGAAUUGAUGAUACUACCAAGAAAUCCAGCAAGAAGAACGAGUGGAGAGUCAUCAGUGCUGAUGAUGCUAGCACGAGGUCUAGUGGCAAGAGCAAGAAAUCAAGACUGACUAAAAAAAUGUCUUUGAAAUUUGAUGGCAGUCAAAGUUUGAGCAAACUUGACUUUGUAAACAAUGAUAAUGGAACACCGCGCCAAAAGAAGUAUGCCAAGAAUGAUGAAGUGCUCUAUGUCAGUAGCAAUGGAGACAACGAAAAAGCGACGAUUCUUAAAGUGCAUUUGGAUGACCAGCUUGUUCCGUUCUAUGAUAUUCGACUACUCUCAAGUGGUCGGGAGAAGCAAACAGAUAACGCACAUCUUGCGGCUCUCCCACCACCGAAACGAGAGAGAAAGUCCAUCAAGAGCAGCACAGAGAACAAACCACAACGACGAAGCAGCCUGGGCAACAUGGCUAGCGUACGGUCUUCCAAAAGCGUCAAGCCCCGAAUGACAUAUGCCGAGAACGAUAAGGUAGUAUAUGUCAGCAGUAGCGGGGACAGCGAAAAUGCUACCAUUCUAAAGGUGCAUUUGGAUGAUCAGCUAGUUCCAUUCUAUGACAUUCGGCUGCAUUCCAGCGAUAGGGAGAAGCAAACCGACGAUGCCCAUCUAAAGCCUUGUCGAGAGAGAAGGACAAGGACAAGCAAGGCUACAGACAAGCCGAAACGACAUAGUAGCAUGGGUGCCAUGAGCUCGCGGGCUCCCAAGGCUUCUACCGAGUACUCGUUCACACCUGACCAGUUGACAAAGAAAUCUGAGAAGGUUCCUCAGCGCCAAAGCAGUAUCUCUUUUGGCAGCUCUCUUCCCGAUGGCUUUAUAUCUCCUCAUCAAGCAGGAAAACGUGCAACAGCGCCAAGAAGAAAUACGAGCCUGUCUACAUCCGACCCGUUGAACAUCAAUCUCCCCAAUUCCGUUGUGUCUCCUAGGCCAAUUCGUAGUUCAACUGCGCCAAAGAGGAACAAGAGUCUUUCUGCUUCGGAGAGCAAUCUUCCCGAUGGCGUUUCGCCACAAAGAAAGCGCUCGACCGUGCCAAGAAGACAUCAGAGUAUGGCUGUCCAAUCAUCGAGCAACAUUUCUCCAAAACAACGAGCAUCGGGUAACAUUUCUCCAAAACGAGCAGCCAAUCGUAGGGCUGGCUCUGGUAGCGCCCUACCAAGAUUGGAUAGGCUGGAUUUGACCAGCAGUCCUUCCAGUGUGAAAAGCAGUGGCAGCAAACGACCCAAAGGAAUUCGUCGUCGCAGUUUUGACAACUCUGGUUGA